CCUGUGUUUUACUGUGCAGCGGUGCUGCGGCUCCGCCUCCGGCAGCUUGACUCCUCUCCAGCCGUCAGUCGGAGCGUCUGUAGCGGUGUCAGACCUCAGAGCUGUCAGUGUUCCUCCGCUCCCUGUCAUCCCACCAGCCUGCGGGACACACUUUGUUUGGAAGUUUUUCACUUUAGUCAUGUCUCGGCGGAGCACUCGCCUCGUGUCCGGCGGCUACUACAAUUCAGACGAGGAGUCAGACUCCAGCACCGUGACCAGCAUAUCCUACCGUGAAAACCCGGUCAAGGUUUUCAAGAAGAAGGCGGGAAGAAGCAAAGCCGCCUCCCGUACGUCCAGCCGAGCGAACAGCAACGCCAGCUCAGCCGCCCCAGAGACGCCCAUCAGCCCAGACCAGUAUGAAGCUCUGACUCCGUCUCCAUCGAGCAGCCAGGUCACCAUGCGGACAGUGUCCUACGUGACCUCCGCCCCGACCCCCCGGCCGGCGCUGACGCCCUUGGGCUCCCGCAGCCAGACGCCGGCCCGCGGCCCGUCCACGCCGCCGGAGCGGAGCUACCACACCAGACACUGCAGCUCCGGCGCGCCGGGCCGCACGGAGCCCGGCCAGAGCGGCGUGGACAGCUCGGGAUACUCCUCCUCCGAGGGCGCCGGCAGGAAGCCGUGCCCCGUCACCGGCAAGCUGGGCGGGGCCAGCCGGGGCCCCUGCGUGGGACUCAGGAGCAGAAUCAGCAGUGCCUUCAGCAGGUUGAUCGAAUCCGCCUCUUCGACGGCCUCCUCGACGGCCGCCGCCGCACAUUCGAAAGUCCUUCAUCUCACAGCACUAGCCGGAGCCCCGUCCUCCAGAAGGCACAUGAAGAAGGCCGCUGUGGUUCUGCUCUUCCUCUUCCUCCUCCUCUGUGUUUGGUUGCUCCUCCCCUUCUUCACGUCCUACAUCUCCCUCCUCACUUCCACAAAGACCGUGUCUCAGACCAAACCCGUGAUCCCGCCCGCCGCCCCCGCCGCCCGGCCCCUCACCCCUCCUCAGCCCAGCAUCGUGCGUCCCUCGCCGGUGGUGGAUCCGGCCGUCGUGUCUGCUGCCGUCGACGCGAAGAUGGAACGUCUGCUGGUGGAGCUGCAGCUGAAGCAGGAGCGUCUGGUCUCCCAGAUGAAGGAGGCGCUGCAGCAGGACCUGCAGGAGAUGAAGGCCCAGCUGGAGGCAGCAGACUCCAGCAGCUGGGCGCAGCUGCAGCAGGAGGUGACGGGGCUGAGCCGGCAGCUCGCGGGCUUCCAGACAGACAGCCAGGCGGCGGCGGCGAGCCUCAGCCUCAGGGUCCAGACGCUGGAGGCCCAGGGCGCCCAGCUCUCUCAGGACUUGUCGUCCGUCCGGCUGACGCCCCCUCCUGCCCCCUGCCCUGCGCCCAGCGCCGCCCCCGCCCUCAACCACCUCACCCCGGAGCUCCAGCAGGCCCUGGAGAAGUGGUUCACCGACCGCGUCAAGGAGCAGGACGCCAUCAGGCUCGCUGACAAAGGAGGCUGCACAGACUGUGGACGUCCCAUGGCCGACAGGAUGCCAGACUUUGCUCUGGAGAGUCAAGGAGCCAGUGUGGUCAGUACUCGGUGUUCGGAGACGUACGGGAUCCGCUCGGCGUGCGUCACCCUGUUUGGCUUCCCUCUCUGGUAUCCGUCUGAAAGCCCGAGGACCGUCAUCCAGGGUUUCCCGGUGCUGCUUCCUGGGAAGUGCUGGGCCUUCCACGGCGUGCAGGGCACCCUGCUCAUCUCGCUGUCUCACCCUGUGAUGAUCAGUCACGUGACGCUGGACCACCUGCCGCGCUACAACUCCCCCACGGGCCGCAUCGACUCCGCGCCCAAAGACUUCCAAGUCUACGGGAUGAAAAAUGACACGGAUGAGGGAACCCUGCUGGGAGGCUUCACCUAUGACGAGUACGGGGAGCCAACGCAGACGUUUCAGCUGCCGAACCACAGUGACGUCCUGUAUCGGUUGGUGGAGCUGCGAGUCCUCUCCAACUGGGGCCACGUCGAAUACACGUGUCUCUACCGCUUCCGUGUGCACGGAAAGAUGGCGUCCGCGACAUGAGGGCGGCGCCGGGCCUCCUCCGGCGUGUCAGAAAGGGCCUGAGCAACGUUCUCCAGGAACUGAGAGACGACCUGAAAGGUCUGCAGUGUGUUCAGGGCCAAACGCUGCUGAAACGCGGACGCAUGUCUCCCCCGUGUGUGUGUGUGUGUGUGUGUGUGUGUGUGUGUGUGUGUGUGCGUGCGUGUGUGUGCGUGUGCGCGUGCGCGUUCUCGUAUUUCUAUCCUUGUUGGGGCGUGUGUGUGUGUGCGUGUGUGUGUGUGUGUGUGUGUGUGUGUGUGUGUGUGUGUGAGCAAGUUUCGCCGUUUUUUGCGACGCUUAAUGUUGAAUUGACAAACAUUAAAAAGCUUUUUUUUUGUGCAGUGCACAAGCUUUGAUUAAUUGCAGUGAAAGAUGUAAAGUAUUGUUUUCUAAAAACUAAAAAAGUACUUAUUUGGGGUGUAGAGUUCUGGAAACUUUACGCUUUUAAGAAUAUUUUUGCAUUGUUUGUUUGAAAUGCCUGUGGUACAAGUCAAAUGACACGUUAGAGGAGUAAAGAUACAGGACUUUGUGGAAAGCUUUACAUAUCAUAGGCAAUAAGAACGUCAUGGCUUUAAUAUUAAAUACCUUUAAUAAAUUCUAAUGCUAGUUGCCAAAAUGCCGCCAUGCAGACUCCAGGUGUGACCGCAGUCAGGUGUGUUUCUCUUACGUCACAGUUAUAGCCUCACUAUCACCCCAUACAAAGAAUCUAGACACUCCCGGUCCGUUUCCGGGCACUAAAUGAAUUGUUUUCUGAUUGAUGAAUGAAGUUGUCUUUAGAGAUGAGGUAUUUAGUUCUCGCAGCUGUUACAUCGGGGUUGCAGCGUCGUAACGACGGGGCGUGAGCAGAACGCACUCUUGAAUGUUUAUCGCAGUGUUGUUUAAAUAUGCAGCUUUGUAACGAUUUCUCAGUUUCCUCCUUUAACAGGUAUUGAUGCAUUAAGGCAGGGGUGUCAAACAUACGGCGUGCGGGCCAGAACUGGCCCGCCAGAGAGUCCAGAGAUCACUGCUGCAGAGAUGGAGAAAUGUGGAAGGAUCCUUUCUCAAUUUUGUGAUUCUGAUCAUAAUAUGAACCAGUUGUACCAGCUGUUUUAUGUUUUUGAAGAUGUAAACAGUGAAAUGAACUUGGUGACAAAUGAAUACUUUGCUGCAUUAAAACAAAGACAGGCCUAAGUUAUUAUUCUUUAUAGAUGAUAAUGUUGUUAUUUGCCAGUGAAGUGAGUUUGACAGCCCUGCAUUAAUGUCAGUUAUAAUCCUGCUACCUGAAUACUUGAACGUCGAGCUGCUCCGAGAUCUUAAAAACAGCGCGACAAACCAAUGAUGUCUUUGUUUCUACUUCCUUGUACACAACUAUUUGAUUUUGUAUGAAAAAUACUGCUGGUAUUUAUCUUUAAACCGAGAAUAUGCAUUUACGACUUCCUGUGGUGUUUUUGUAAAAUGGGAUUGAGGGUGAUUUCUGUGGUCACAUGCUGAACAUGUGAAAAAAUCAGAAGAUAAUCUUUUCAAAUCUGGAUUUGGUUCAGAACAGAACUGCUUCACUGUUGUAGAGCACAGCUCGAGGAGAAACUAUUCAAAGGAAAAAAAUAGUUUUCUAUAUCUUAUUGUUUUUGAAGAGUGCAGACUUGAUUACGACUCAGGAUCAGGAAGUUUUUGUGUCGCUAUUUUUUCUGUGAGCAGAUCAUUGCUGAGGUUUUUAAAAUGACUGAUUCAAUGAAACGCCAAUAAAUUGCUGGA